AUGCUUGCCAAAAGCCUUUUUACGCUGCUUGCGGCAUCUCUCGCUGCCACAGCGGCUCCACUUGCAUCUAUUAAGCGCGGAGAAGCCCCUGAUCCAGCAACAGAUAUUAUCUGGACCAAAAACUAUAGCGACUACGAGAAGCUAGAAGAGAUUCCUGAUCCAAUUAUGGACAUCAUUUGGAUCAAGAACUAUAGUGAUUAUAAAAAAUAA